UGAAAAUUGUAAAAGGUAGGCAUUUUUGUCUUUUUGAUAAUUUUGUCCCUAAGAAUUCAAAGUCAAAAAAGAAAACCCAUCUCAUUGCCUCUGAUUUCGCCGGUGAUUUUCAAAUUUCCCCUACAUAAUAAUCCUCCACUUCCACUCCCAACUUCCACCUCCAUUUCUUACCAAUCUACCAAUGGACACCGACGAAUUUUACCGGAAACCGGCUGCCGUUCCUUUCAAAUGGGAGAUCAAACCCGGUGUCCCCAGAAACCUCCACCGUCCCCGCCAGUCACCAACUCAAUCUCCCCCUCAACACCACCGUCAAAAGCUCAAACCUCCUCCUGCUGUUUCCCAUUUCCCCCAUCCUUCAAAUUCUCUUCACUCGUCUCCUCGAACCCGAUCCGACCGGUGGCGCUUCGUCCGAUCCGAGCAAGUCUCGUCAUCUGGUUGCUUCCCGUCGCCUUUGCCAAACCGGAAAUCCCCCAAGGCCCUCAGCCGGAAAUUCCCCGAACCUGAUUACUCCUCUGACUUGGACACUUUGUCCCGCUGGUCGGUUUCCAGUCGGAAGUCGAUUUCGCCGUUCCGAUAUUCAGUUUCGUCGUCGUCGCCGUCGUCGUUCUCGUCGUACCAAUCCUCGCCCCGUCCGACCAGUGAUACCGAAUGGGCCGGUUUUGGGCUAUUUUGAUUGGGGUUUAAGAGAUGCUGGCCCGAAAGUAUAGUGCCCAAGUUGUGGCCCAUCUGGAUAGUGAUUCUAAAUGGGCUUGGUUUUGGGCUUUUUGGUUUAGUGGAUUUGAAGAGACUGUGGGCUUUAAGUUGUUGCGUAGAAAUAGGAAGCUUUAAAUCCCUAAUUGUAUUGUGAUUUUUGCAAUCAUAGGGAUUUUCUUAUAAAACCCCAUAAAUUACUUAAUAUGUUAUAAAAAGAAUAAAAUCUAAGAUUGUGUUU